AUGUUUCUAAUAUUCUAUUGGGUAUUUUUCUUCACACUUUUCGGUGGAGGUACAUCAAAGUUAGUAGUUCGGCCGGUGGUUAUUGAUGAUACAGUUAUUAUACCACGAGUUGUCAACGGGAAGCCAGCAACAUUGGGAGAAGUGCCUUAUCAGGUAGCAUUUAAAAUUGUACAUUCACGGUCAAGAAAAACAUAUAUUACAUUCUGUGGGGGAACAAUUAUAGCUCCAACUAAACUCGUUUCUGCAGCCCAUUGUUUCGAAUUGAAGAAAAGUCAAUGUGCCAUUUUUCAGGACACUAUCGAAAUCCAUUCGAAAUUCUUACGUGGAAAGUACGCGGUGGCCGGUAAUUUGUUGAACGUAGCCAAAUUACAAAGUACUAAUAAAGCGUCGAAUGGUGGGCAAUGGAGGAAAUUAAAGAAAGUUAUAUAUCCGUCCAGAUAUAAUUUUCCAAAUCAUGAUAUCGCUGUAGUGAUGAUAUUCCUUCCAUUUGAUUACAAUGACCACAUAGCCGCUAUCCCCUACACGGAGGUAAACAGAGAUUACAAUGGAAAAUGUCUCGUAUCCGGCUAUGGGCGAAAAUCGAUUACAAAACACAUAUUAUCAGAUAAGCUACUUACAGCGCAUUUAGAUUUGAUCCCGUCAUAUAGCUGUAGCCGUAUGCAUAGAAAAAAUAUGAGAAAAUUUGUUUGCACGUCAAGUAUAGUAACAGAUGUGGGCAAGGGUGAUUCUGGCGGACCGUUAGUAUGCGCAAACACAGGUGACCCAAAGGAGUCGAACAUGGGCAUUUUAGUAGGAGUCGUUAGCGGCCACAGAGUCAAAGUGGGUUCCUUCUUUACCAGAGUAUCAUCAUACCGCGAGUUCAUUCAAUAUAACAAUGCAAAUACUAUUAGCUACAAAGGGAUUUUAAAUUUCAUUAUCAUAAUAAUAUAUGGUUCAUUUUCGUUAUUUUCAUUUCGUUUUAUUUGA